UGGUCCAUUAGUGUCAAGAGCGAUUGGCAUCUGGUACUGUCCCUUUUGUAUUCUGUACGAAGAAUUUUGAUACCUGACGUUGAAAAAACAAUCAAAAAUGUUGCCCAAGAAGCAAGCAUAUUUUAUAUUUGCACACAAAUGGAUUAAAAAACGGAAUCUUGAUCUUUCACGGCGGUUCUUGUCGUCGAAGAUUCAAAAAGAAGCGAAAGUCCGGGAAAAAUGGAAAUCCACGGUAGGCUUGGAAGUUCACGCUCAAAUUGCAACAAAAUCGAAAUUAUUUUCCAGCGCAUCUACUAACUUUGCCAGUGCGAUUAAUUCGUGUGUCUCAUUGUUCGACUGCGCAACACCAGGAACAUUGCCUGUGUUGAACCGAAAAUGCGUGGAAUUGACGGUGCUGGCGAGCUUGGCAUUGUCCUGCCAGCUGAACGAGAUUUCCUUCUUCGAGAGGAAACACUACUUCUAUGCGGACUUACCCGCAGGAUUCCAAAUCACUCAACAGAGGCAACCCAUUGCGGUCAAUGGAGAAAUUAAGUUUCACGUGUACACUCCAGGCAUUCAUAAAUCAUCAUACUUGAAGUCUUCUAAGAUCAAACAGAUCCAGAUAGAGCAGGACAGCGGUAAAAGUUUGCACGAUGAAGAUGCAGCAAGGAGUUUCAUCGAUCUCAAUCGUGCCGGGAUACCGUUGAUGGAAUUCGUAUUUGAGCCCGACUUGGUCGAUGGUGAGGAAGCCGCUGCUCUUGUAAAGGAGCUUGUAUUCAUUUUACAGCAACUGGGUGCUUGCAGUGGCAAGAUGGAAGAAGGAGCACUUCGUGUCGAUGCCAAUGUUUCUGUAAGUAACCAAAAUGAUCUGGGCAUUCGGACGGAAAUAAAGAACAUUGGAAGCGUGCGCGCCGUUGCUGCGGCUAUCAAAUACGAAAUAAGUAGGCAUAUCUCCGUUCUUGAGAACAACGGUGAGAUAUUUAAUGAGACCCGGGCGUGGGAUGCGGAAAACAAGAGGACCGUUCUUAUGCGCGAGAAAGAAGAGAAAGAAGAUUAUAGAUUUAUACCUGAAACGAACUUGCCACCUUUACGUAUACAUGUCAGAGAAGAUUUACCGAAUAAGGACAAAUUGGUCGAUGCUGUAGAAUUGAAGAAGCAAUUACCUGAAUUGCCAGAACAGAUACGUCAAAGAUUGAGGGAUGCUUUUAAAAUACCGCCGGAAAUAGUAGUAUCUUUAAUGAGUGACCUUGCAUUAUUAAAAUUAUUUAACGAGAUAAUAAGAAAUGAGAACUGUGAUCCCCCAUUAGUCGCCAAGUUUCUCGUCAUGAAUGUAUUGACUUUUAUUCACGAAAAUGACUUAACAGUCGAGUUUUGUAUACUACAUCAAGAUUUCAUUGGUCAGAUAAUUAAUUUGUUACAAGACAAAUUAAUCAACUUAGUAACGGCAAAGAGGAUUUUGGACAAUUUAACAACUGAUUGUAAAAAGUCUCCCAGAGAAAUCGUUAAGGAGCACAACUGGUUUCUGAUAUCGGAUGAGAAACAACUAGAACAAAUAUGCUUGGGAGUUAUUGAGAAAAAUCCAAAAAUUGUAUCGGCAUAUAAAAAUGGCAAAAAGAAAUUGCUUAAUGCAUUAUUGGGAGAAAUUGCAAAGAUCACGGAGCAACGUGCAGAUAUGGCUGCUGUUGCAAAAAUGAUGGAAAAAUUAUUAAAGUAGUAAAUUGUAAAUAGAUAUAUAGAUACUAGAUCUAUAAAAUUAAUUUUAUAAUUUUAUGUAUUGCAUAUUUGAAUAAAUUGUUCAAAUAUAAACAUAAUUUGGUUAGUUACUUACCUUCAAGCAAAUACACUUGGUGCAUUGAUCAAUUUCGUACAUUAUAUAUAAUGUUUAUAAACAAAUAUGUAAUGUAUAUAUAAGUGUGUGGCUUAAACUAGCGAAACAAUAAAUAAUAAAAGUAAGGUUCAUGUAAAGACUAUAUAUAUUAAAUAUUUACACAAGUGUUAUUUUCUAAUAAACUUCAUUACGAAAUAACUACAUUGAGUCAUCCUUUUUUUUUAUACAAUUGUUUACAAUAAUAUCAUUAAAAAACAUGCCUACUGUCAAUUACACAUUCCAUUAUCCAAUAUUUAUAAGUUCGUCUGUAUCCGGAGUUUAUUGGGCAACCAUUAUUGGUGUUGCUACAAGAAAAUAAUAGGUAACGAUGCGUUUUACAUUGGACAAAUAGUUAAAAAUAAUAACACAGAUUCUACCACACCAACAGCGCAAACUGAAGCCACGGCUGCAGUUUUAACACAUAGCAGCGUUUCAGCGUUUUUAGUUUUAAGGACAUUAAAAAUCUUCUGGUAUGUCUAAAAUAUAUUUUACGUAUCAUCUGUGAUAUUAUAUAAGAAAACUGCAUUAUUAAAGAGUAAUUAAAAACAUUUACUCCCGUACAUAUGCGUCAAAUUCCGUGUAUACUGCGAAAAUGGCAAUGAUGGAAAGAUUUAUAAAUUGCAGUCUUUAGAGAAAGGCCACUUGAGUAGCAUUUGAAAAAGUCAUGUUCUUUGAUUACUUUUUUUUACCACCUAAUUUAGUUAAGUCUAACAGAUAUUCGUUUAUUGCUUCGGUAAUGCAAACGGACUCAUUUGUUUAAUGAUUUAUUGCGGAUUUACUUGUAUGCAGUCAGAGUAUUUGCCUUGGGUAAAACUUCUGUUUCAAUUACUAAAAUGCCACAUCACCAUUGUCUAUUAUAUAUUUACAAAAUAUCCUUAUAAAGAAUCAACAUCGAUAACGUGAUUUGUUAAAAAAGAAAACUGUCCGUAAAGAUUAACAGCUUUUUUUCCUUUUUCUAAUAAUCGAUUUAAAGUAAGUCUAAACCGUUUACUA